AUGCGUUGCGUGGCGCGCGCCGUCCUCGGCUCGGUGCUGACCGUCGUUCUUCUUGUCUGCUUCGCCUUCUCUCAGUUUCGCAGUACCUUCCAUCCCUUUGAUGAGAAUGGUUCGUUUACUCUUUUCUUUAAUCCUUUUAAGGUAUGAAUAUACCAAAUUUUUUUUCUCAUAAAGACGCGUUUUGAAAGAAAGCCUCGCUUACGAUCUUAGAAGCAGAUAUAUAUAUAUUCCUUGUGCUGAGACUCCCUGAAAAUUUUAUAAGACAUAAUUUAAAAAACUUAAAGGCAUAGGGGCAGUAAAAAAUGGGGUUUCAGGUGAAAGCAGUAUCUUAUAUAGUUUUUCUUUGCGAAUCGAACGGUUAACUCAAAAAAAUUACUGAUGUGACUAAUUUUGAAGAAAAACGCGAUUCUACUUUCCCGCCUUUAAAUUUGAAAAAAGCUUUGGAUCGGUAUACAGACAACUGUUUACAGUAGCUGUGUACGCGAUGUUGCGGACGUCUUAUUAGACCCGCAUUUCGUGAGAAAUAACUGGAUAUCUGCUUCAAAUGGAUUGUUUCUUUUCUGAAAAAAAUCAUUUAGUCAAACAAAAAACAGACACAGAUAAUAAAGGAAACACAAAAUAACGCUAUCCCAAUCGAAACCUGCGUAAAAUCAUCAUUUUUCACCAAAGAAGCAUUUUUGCAAUCAAAGUUUGCAAAUUAUACAUGAAUAGAAAGCUUUUGUGACGAAAAGAACUUUGGUGACAACAGAAAAAAUUGAAAUUUGAAAGAAACGAAGAAAAAAGCGAAUAUCCGGAAGAUGGCGAAGCUGUUGUCCAUAGAGCAACUUUACUGCAAAGUGCCCUUUUCGCGGGAACUCAAUCUUUCCUCUCUCCGACUUUGAAUAAUUUCUUCUCCAAAACUAGGAACUUCUGUACGUUCCCAAGUUCACCGUUCGAUUCGCAAUUAAAAGCUCUACAAAAUACUGUUUUGAACUGAAACACCGUUUUUUACUGCCCCUAUGGCUUAAAGUAAAGUCCUGUAAUUUUCAACUUGCACAACUUCCUGGUUUUCGAAAACGCACGCUUGAAGGUUUCAACUGGCCGAAAAUUUUCGACCAUUUUUUAAGAAAUCUAAUCUUUCAAAUAUUCCUUAUGAGGACCCUUUUUUUCCAAAUCUUGAAGAUAAGGAGAAAAUGAAUUUCAUGUAGAAAAAUUUUUUUCACAUUUAAAAUUUUAUCUAUGAAAUUUUUCUGCACCAAACAAUCCAACAAAAGCUAAUAAUUUCGGUCGCGUGGCAAACAAUGGUCAUUAAAUUACUACUAUAGCAAUUUUGAGCCAAAUCGGUUAUAUAAGUCAUCAGAAAACAUGCAAUUUGUCAAGUUUGUGCCGAGGUGAAGCAAUUAGAAUAAAAAUUCGCUUGAUUUUCAGUUAUAUUUCAUGGAGCCUGAUAAAAACAUUUUUUUUUAUAGUCUCUAACACUGAAAGAGAUCUUUUCCUUGAUGAUAUGGAGGUUCUUGAAAACGCUCUAGCGAAUACUUCUGAAAGAAUCUAGCAACAUCAAAAAGCGUGAUGAAAUCAAUUUGAUAUUAGAGAUCAUUUGAGGAGAAGAAAGAUUUUGCAGACGAGGAGACGCGCCGACUACUGGAGGCCAGCUUUCCGGCGGCGCCGACGACGACGAGCACUUCUAGAGCCCCGCUCUCGCUGUCCGUCGCCCUCGUGCUCAUCGUAUCGCUCAUCAGCGUCGCUCUUCUCAUCACCGGCAUCAUCAUCAUUGCGGUGACGUUGGAUCCGUCGACUACCGACGACGGCGACGAGUCUGACCUGGAGACGGACGACCACUCGGUACCCGUACUCAAUAAAACUCAGGGAAAACAAAAAAUAGCUGCAGACGCCACGUUGUGAGUCGCCACGCACUCAACCGGCCAUGUACCGAACUUCGUUUGAACACGAGUACGAGAACAUGUUCACCGACACUUUCACCAGUCUUUGA